AUGGACUCUUCCAAGGGCCAUGCGAGCUCGGCGGCCGACUCCACCAAGGACGUGAGCGUCUCACCCCCCGCCCAGCCCUCGCGGUCCAACUCGUCGUCGAGCAUCCAUCGGGCCGGCAGUCAUGGUCACGUAGCCAGCCACCGCCAGAGCUUCGCCGAGAACCUGCGUGGUCUGCCGCCCUCUCCGCGAGCCCAGCGCCAUCCAUCCUUCACCCAAGCCGCCAUCCAAGACCUGCUGAACCAUCCCCCCGCGACCCGUCCUUUCAAUCCUCGUUUCACCGGCAGGGAUUGGCGUGACGUUAGUGUCGGGGAACUUGUCUCUCAGGACGAUGUGAAAUGUGUCGAUUUAGACACCAGCGUCGAGGACGCAACCAUGGCCUUGCUCAAGAACGGCACAAGUAACGUCGUUCUCGUUCGAGAGACCUCGACCGAGUCUACUGCCAUAUCUACCUUUGACCACAAUGACUUGAAUGCCUAUCUACUGGUCGUCGUCGGGCUCGCCCACCCACCCGAAGACCUGGUCGCCUUAUACGACUCUCUUGCCAAGAAGGCCCAGGCGCACGAGAGCAUUCCGCUGCGUGAUAUACAGCCCAUUUGCCGAAAGGAAACACUUGUGACUCUGCAGGGCGAUGAAGCUCUGGCCAAAGCCACCGAGGUCUUUGGAAGUGGGAUCCACAGGGUCCUAGUCGCCAAUCCUGCAGGUGAUGCCAUCGGCGUUCUGAGUCAACUCAGACUCAUGGAGUUCUUCUACAACGAGGGUGUCAACUUCAGGGUCAUUGAUGAUCUCUACCCCAGGCUCAUGCGUGAUCUUGGAAUAGGAUCUCAGCAGAUCAUUGCCAUCAAUGCCGACAGCCCCCUAGCAGACGCCCUCAGCCUGAUGAACGACGAGGGGCUCUCAAGUAUAGCUGUCAUUGACAAUAGCCGAAACGUGGUUGGCAACAUCUCGACUGUGGAUGUUAGACUCCUCACCAGUGCCACAAGUUUGCCUCUUCUGCAAAAUACUUGUAUGCAUUUCAUUUCCGUCAUUCUGAAUGAGAGGGGAGUAGAAAAGGGCAAGGAUUCCUUCCCCGUCUUCUACGUCAAUCCGUACUCCACUCUAGCUCAUACAGCUCGUUGCAACGAGAAGUCACCGAAUGUGGGUGGUGGAGUCAGCAUCACCUUCACCUUCAGCACCAAGUACUCCGCUUCUCGGGCCCACGGUUUUGGUACCCAACUCAACUUCCAGUUCACAGUCGUCUUUGACAACCGGAACUCAUUUCCCAUCAGUGCCGGCGUCCUCGAUGGCCGACUACCGGCUUGCAUCCUUCUGAUCCCAGUGAGCAACGAGCUCGUAGAAGGCAAAGCUCAAGCAGCUCCCUCCGCCCAUCCCUGGAUGCGUCACGCUCUAGUGUUGACCUGA